CGAAGGGGGAAAAAUGCGAGGAACACGAGCAGCAGUACAAAACGUUUUAAGAGUCCUCUUGCUGCUCAACGCUCUAAUGGCGUCACGUUUCUCGCUCUCUCGCUCCGUUCACCCAAUCCUCAAGCGCCCGACUCGCUUCCUGACUCACUCUCCCCAUUUUGCCCCCACUCCUCCUCUUAAAUCCCGUCCCUGUCCCCUCUGGUCCGCUUCCUUCUCCUUCUGCCUCGCUUCCUCUUCUUCUUCCUCCUUCUCCCCGACUUCUCUCCCCGUCUUCUCUCCUUCCCACUCCCCUCGCCGCUACGCUUCAUUCUCUCCCCCUCCUUCCCCGCCGUCUGCCAUGGCCGCCGCCGUCGCUGCUGCCGGCGAUGUCGAGAAUCCUCUUCUGAAGAACUUCGAGUUCCCUCCGUUUGAUUCCGUCGAGGCCGAUCAUGUCCGUCCAGGGGUUCGCGCUCUGCUCAAGCAGCUCGAGGAUGAUCUGGACGAACUGGAGAGGACCGUGGAGCCGACUUGGUCGAAGCUGGUGGAGCCGUUGGAGAAGAUUGUCGAUAAAUUGAGUGUUGUUUGGGGCAUGGUUAAUCACCUUAAGGCGGUCAAGGAUACCGCUGAGCUCCGGGCUGCUAUCGAGGAAGUUCAGCCCGAAAAGGUGAAGUUUCAGCUCAGGUUGGGUCAGAGUAAACCGAUUUACAAUGCUUUUAAGGCCAUUCAGGAAUCUCCCGAGUGGCAGCAUCUCAGUGAUGCUCGGAAGCGGAUAGUUGAGGGCCAAAUAAAGGAGGCUGUCCUCGGUGGUGUUGCUCUAGACGACGAGAAAAGAGAAGAGUUCAAUAAAGUUGAGCAGGAAUUGGAAAGAUUGUCUCAAAAGUUUGGCGAGAAUGUGCUUGAUGCCACAAAGAAGUUUGAAAGGCUUGUCACGGAUAAGAAAGAAAUUGAAGGAUUGCCUCCUACUGCACUUGGGUUGGCUGCACAGACGGCUGUAUCGAAGGUAUUAUCAGCUGUUAAUCAGGGUCACCCUGGAGCAACUUCUGAGGAUGGGCCAUGGAUAAUUACAUUGGAUGGCCCUAGUUUUAUGUCUGUCAUGCAACACUGUCGAAACCGUGGUUUGCGUGAAGAAGUUUAUCGUGCCUACAUUACUCGUGCUUCAAGUGGAGAUCUUGAUAAUACACCAAUUAUUGAUCAAAUACUUAAGCUUAGGCUGGAAAAGGCUAGGCUCCUUAACUACAACAACUAUGCUGAGGUAAGCAUGGCGACCAAAAUGGCUACCGUUGAGAAAGCUCAAGAGCUUCUGGAAAAGCUGCGAUCAGCUUCUUGGGAUGCUGCAGUUAAAGACUUGGAAGAGCUUAAGUAUUUUGCCAAAAGUCAAGGUGCUGCAGAAGCAGAUGACUUGAGACACUGGGACAUUAGCUUUUGGGCAGAGAGGCUACGCGAGGCAAAAUAUGAUAUCAACGAGGAGGAAUUGAGGCCUUAUUUCUCAUUGCCAAAGGUUAUGAAUGGCCUUUUCAAUCUUGCGAAAAAACUUUUUGACAUCAAUAUUGAAGCAGCUGAUGGCCAGGCUCCGGUUUGGAAUUCUGAUGUUCGGUUCUAUUGCAUCAAGGAUUCCUCAGGCUCACCCACUGCAUACUUCUAUUUUGAUCCUUAUUCCCGUCCAUCUGAAAAAAGGGGAGGUGCAUGGAUGGAUGAGGUCGUUGGACGAAGUCGUGUUCUGUCACGCAAUGGUACUAGUCCAAGGUUACCGGUUGCUCAUAUGGUAUGCAAUCAAACACCACCGGUUGGUGACAAACCAAGCCUUAUGACAUUCCGUGAGGUUGAAACUGUCUUCCAUGAGUUUGGCCAUGCUCUUCAGCACAUGCUUACCAAGGUGGACGAGGGCCUUGUUGCUGGAAUCAGAGGAAUAGAAUGGGAUGCUGUGGAACUACCUUCUCAAUUUAUGGAAAAUUGGUGCUAUCACAGAGAAACCUUGAUGGGCAUUGCGAAACACUACGAAACUGGUGAGAACCUGCCAGAAGAGGUGUUCUUGAAGCUUGUCGCUGCACGAACAUAUCGAGCGGGUACCCUUAGUCUACGACAGUUAAAAUUUGCAACCACAGAUUUGGAAUUGCACUUAAAUUAUGUGCCAGGAGGUUCGGCAUCUAUCUAUGAUGUGGACCAGAGAGUCUCAAAGCGUACACAAAUCAUCCCACCUUUGCCAGAAGAUAGAUUCCUUUGUGGUGGAUAUGCUGCGGGAUACUACAGUUACAAGUGGGCUGAGGUACUAUCUGCAGAUGCUUUCUCAGCUUUUGAAGAUGCUGGAUUGGAUGACAACAAGGCUGUUGAAGAGACGGGACACAAGUUCCGGGAAACCAUUCUCGCGCUUGGUGGUGGCAAAGCGCCGUUAGAGGUGUUUGUGGAGUUCCGGGGGCGGGAACCUUCUCCGGAGGCACUACUGCGCCACAAUGGCCUGUUGGCAGCAACUGCCUCUGCAUGAGGUUUCAUAUCGAACCGAGUUGGUAGUUGUGUCUAUGGAACCGGCGGGGAGUUGGACGAGAGGAAAACAGGCUAUUUUUGGGUGCUUGAUUCUGAUUGAUGGACCGUUGGACCUUCCCCCGCAACAGGAGGCUCCCUCUUCCCUGGAAAUGCUCAUGUUUUUGUUUUGUUAUGUUCUCUAGAACACGAGAACCCCGGGCGGGCAUGGAAUAAGACUAGUUUCAUAUCGAUAUUAGUUGAAGAUGUUUUCCAGAUUUCACUCAGUUUGAAAAGAAAAGAUUAAGAAUUAAUGCAGGUAGUACACACCACAGUUAGUAUUGGUCUACUUGGGUUAUUUAAAGACGAGUGAAUUUGGUGACUGCUUGACAGACUGUACUCCUAAUGAUUUGGGUUUUACUGGCUAUCCAUCCGUUUGUGUGGCGCAACGAGCGGGAUGGCUAUGGCUCGAUUGCACGCCAAUGAGUGCCAAAAAAAAUAUUCUUAUUGAUGAUUCUACGUAGCCACUAGAUGAUAGGCCUUUGCAAGAGAAGGGGUUGGUUCCAUUGAAAGUAUUUACCUCUUUGAUUGUUGAAAAAAAACUUCAUCUAAGCACAUGAGAAAAUCAAAGAUUUGCUCGUUUUCUUUGUCUUCUUGUACUCUCUGCUUGACCGUGCAAAGUAGAAAGUCUACAUAAGCU